GAAAAACUUUUCAGGAAAGGCAGAGCUGAUUAACUUUACUAGAGAGAGAGAGAGAGAGAGAGAGAGAGAGAGAGAGGAAAUGGCAGCAAUAACAAGCGCAGUGAUAGCAAUAGCAGGAGUGGUAUUAGGAUGGAUAGCGAUCGAGAUCGCUUGCAAGCCUUGCCUCGAGAAAGGCCGCGAAGCCAUUGACCGAUCUCUGAACCCUGAUUACGACCCCGACGACGAUAACGACAACAACGUUCGAGCCCCUCUCAACCCAUACCCAGAUCUCGAAUCUAAGGCUGAUAAUGAUACCUCUCCUUCCACUUCAAUCAAAGCCGUUUGAUGAUCGCUUCAAAAUAUAUCUUAUUCUUUGUUUUUUUUUUUUUCGUUUUAAAUAAAAAAGAGUUGGGUAAUGUUGUAACUUGUUCUUUCAUCCUGUCUUUCUUUUGGUAAGAACUUGCACCAAGGUGAUGGUGUUGAUGUCUUAAGGGCGUUUCUCUGUUGAUGUUUGAAUGAAUGAAUACGGCUUUGGUGAUCCA